UAAAGUGAUUGAGGGGCGCGUAGCAGCACGUGUGCAGCUAGCCACUCCCUUUGCCCGUAGUCCCUAUCGGUUAGUGCUCCAGUGGAAGUCCUCAUAGCCGGAUGAAACACGCGUGCAGAAUUCAGGGAUAGAGGAAACUUUUUUCAUCUGAAGAGAUAUCUCCGGGAUUCUAUAUUGUCCUCCAGAGUGUAUUUAGGGGACAACAUUUCCAAUUCGGAGGGGGGACUGCUGAUUCCAAAAUGGAGGUGAAGACGUCACUUCUGGACAACAUGAUAGGGGUGGGGGACAUGGUCCUGCUAGAACCCCUCAACGAAGACUCCUUCAUCAUGAACCUGAGGAACCGCUUCGACCACAAUGAGAUCUAUACGUACAUCGGCAGUGUGGUGAUCUCCAUGAACCCCUACAGGUCUCUCCCCAUCUACACACCACAGAAGGUGGAGGAGUAUCGCAACAGGAACUUCUACGAGCUCAGCCCACACAUCUAUGCCCUGGCAGAUGAGGCCUACCGUUCUCUGAGGGACCAGGAUAAAGACCAGUGUAUCCUCAUCACAGGAGAGAGUGGAGCUGGAAAGACUGAGGCCAGUAAGCUGGUGAUGUCAUAUGUGGCGGCGGUGUGUGGGAAGGGCCAGGAGGUGAACAAGGUGAAGGAGCAGCUGCUGCAGUCCAAUCCUGUGCUGGAGGCUUUUGGGAAUGCUAAAACUAUGAGAAAUGACAACUCAUCCCGAUUUGGUAAAUACAUGGACAUUGAGUUUGACUUCAAGGGAGACCCUUUGGGUGGAGUUAUUAGCAACUAUCUACUGGAGAAGUCCAGGGUUUGCAAGCAGCCGAGAGGAGAGAGAAACUUCCACAUCUUCUACCAGCUUCUUUCUGGAGCCUCGGAUGACACCCUGAUGAAGCUGAAGUUGGACAGAGAUUUCAGUAAAUACAACUACCUGAGUCUGGAUUCAGCCAACGUCAAUGGGCUGGAUGAUGCAGCAAGCUUCAGGACCGUCAGGAAUGCCAUGCAGAUUGUGGGCUUCAUGGAGGCUGAGGUGCAGUCGGUUCUGGAGCUGGUGGCUGCCGUCCUCAAACUGGGGAACAUUGAGUUCAAACCAGAGUCCAGGGUCAACGGUUUUGACGAGAGCAGGGUCAAGGACAAGAAUGACCUGAAGGAGAUGUGUGAGCUGUUAGGGAUUGAGCAGUCUGUGCUGGAGAGGGCUUUCAGCUACCGCACCGUGGAAGCCAAGAUGGAGAAGAUGUCUACCACACUCAACGUGGCCCAGGCCUACUAUGCCCGUGAUGCCCUGGCCAAAAACCUCUACAGCCGUCUGUUCAGCUGGCUGGUCACCAGGAUCAAUGAAAGCAUCAAGGCUCAAGCAAAAACGCGCCACAAGGUGAUGGGCGUCCUGGACAUCUAUGGUUUUGAAAUCUUCGAGGACAACAGCUUUGAACAGUUCAUCAUCAACUACUGCAAUGAGAAACUGCAGCAGAUAUUCAUCGAACUGACGCUACGCGAAGAGCAGGAGGAGUAUAUCAGAGAGGACAUUGAAUGGACCAACAUAGAGUAUUUCAACAACGCCGUUAUCUGUGACCUCAUUGAGAAUAACCAGAAUGGAAUCUUGGCCAUGUUGGAUGAGGAGUGCCUGCGGCCAGGCACAGUGACUGACGACACCUUCCUAGACAAGCUGAACACCAUCUGUGCUGAGCACCAGCACUUCGAGAGCCGCCUCAACAAGAACUCCAAGUUCCUGACAGACCACAGCCUGCCACACAGCUGCUUCCGCAUCCAACAUUAUGCUGGGAAGGUGCUGUACCGUGUGGAGGGCUUUGUAGACAAGAACAAUGACCUGCUGUACAGAGACCUGUCCCAGGCCAUGUACAAGGCCACCCACAGCCUGAUGAGACAGCUGUUUCCUGAGGGAAACCCUGCUAAGGUCAACCUGAAGAGACCCCCCACUGCAGGCUUCCAGUUCAAGGCCUCUGUAGGGGUACUCAUGAAGAACCUGCAGACCAAAAACCCCAACUACAUCAGGUGCAUCAAGCCCAACGAUAAGAAGGUAGCCCACAUCUUCACCGACUCACUGGUGUGUCACCAGGUGCGUUACCUGGGCCUGGUGGAGAAUGUGCGCGUGAGGAGGGCUGGCUACGCCUUCCGCCAGCCCUAUGAGUCCUGUCUGGAGCGAUACAAGAUGCUCUGCAAGAAGACCUGGCCCCAGUGGAGAGGACCCGCCAGGGACGGAGUGGAGGUGCUGCUGACAGAUUGUUCUGUUCCAACUGAGGAGUUUGCCUACGGACGCUCCAAGAUCUUCAUCAGGAACCCCAGAACGCUGUUCACUCUGGAGGAGAGGAGGGGGGCGUGUCUGGAGGACCUGGCCACCCUGAUCCAGAAGAUCUACCGGGGGUGGAAGUCUCGUACUCACUUUCUGCUGCUGAAGAAGAGCCAGGUGGUGGUGGCAGCCUGGUACCGCAGAUAUGCACAACAAAAUAAAUAUCAGAAGAUCAAGAGUGCUACACUAGUGAUGCAGUCCUUCAUCAGAGGGUGGAAGGCCCGCAACAUCUUGCGGCAACUGAAAUACGAGAAGAGAUGCAAGGAGGCUGUGACUACCAUUGCAGCGUACUGGCACGGGACUCAGGCUCGGAUGGAGCUGUGGCGCCUAAAGACGGAGGCGCGGAAUAAGCGUGCCGUGUCUGUCAUAUGGGCAUACUGGCAGGGGACCAAGGCACGCAGGGAGCUGAGGCGCCUGAAGGAGGAGGCCAGGCGUAAGCACGCCGUCGCCAUCAUUUGGGCCUACUGGCUGGGACUCCAGGUCCGCCGGGAGUACAGGAAGUUCUUUAGGGCCAACGCUGGCAAGAAGAUCUACGACUUCACCAUCCAGAGAAUCAUGCAGAAGUACUUCCUUGGUCUGAAGACCACUACAAUGUCCCCUAUGGACAACACCUGGCCGGCAAAGCCUUAUGGCUUCCUGGAGGGAGCUCACACUCAGCUCAGGAGGAUCUUCCACCUCUGGAGGUGCAAGAAAUACCGGGGUCAGUUCACAGAGGAGAAGAAGGCUGUGUAUGAGGAGAAACUUGAAGCCAGUGAGAUCUUCAAGGACAAGAAGGCUCUGUACCCCAGCAGUGUCAGCCAGCCUUUCAAGGGAGACUAUCUGGAGAUCCAGAAGAACCCCAAGUACCAGAAGCUGAACAGUGCUAUGGAGGAGAAGGUGCUACUGGCUGACUUGGUGAACAAGAUCAACAGGGCCAACGGCAAGGGGUCGCCGAGGCUCUUCCUGCUGACCAAAAGCAACUUUGUCCUGGCUGACCAGAAGACGGGCCAGGUGAAGGCCAGCGUGCCGCUGCCAGACCUCGCUAGCGUGUCGGUCAGCACCCAGAGUGACGGCUUCUUCGCCCUCAAGCUCAAAGAGGGCUCUGCUUCAGCUUCCAAAGGUGACUUCCUGCUGAGCAGUGAGCAUCUUAUAGAGAUCAUCACCAAACUCCACCGUAUAGGGACCACUGCUGCAGACAGGGACCAGAUCAACAUUGACAUCUCAGACGAGUUCCUGGUGCAGUUCAAGCAGGACAAGGUGUGUGUGAAGUUCAUCCAGGGGGGGCCUAAGAACGGAAACAGUGCUGCCUGCAAACGCAAGAACAACCGCCUACUGGAGGUGUCUGUGCCAUCACCAUAGAGAUGACACAGCCUCCUAUAAUACUUAGUUGUCAUGACGGUUCACAAUCAGGCCUAACCUCCAGCCCCCGCCCCCAAUGACUGUGCAAUUACUCUGCUUUUAGUUUUUUGUUGUUUCCUCUAUUCAGAAUCCUUGCAUCACUGUAAUAUUUAACUGCGCUGACACUUUUGGUAGAGAGUGAAAGACCCAUAGGAUUGCAUGGCGAUAGGGUUAUAGGUGAGAAAGAUUGGAAAAAAUGUAUUUUACUAGUUUUAAAAGAUGUGGGUGUAAGAAAGAAGUGCUCUCUUGUCAAUGGAGCACAAGAUAUCUCCAGUCAGAUGAUACUGAUUGUUGAGCUUGGGAAAGCUAAUAUGCAGGCUGUGUGGUAUCAAGCCAUACCCAUAUUCAGAGAUCUGUAAAGGGCAAAGAAAGAAAGUGCUGACAAGACACACCCCUGCACUAGAUUUGGGUCCUCAUCGGUUUAUCUGUUUAAGCUCUUAAAUGGCAACUCAAUAGAUCAACGAUGACCAGAGAGCUUUCAGGAUUGCUCUAAAGUUUUCUCUGAAAGUUAAACUAUGACUGCACUUGUAAUGUUCACCUGGGUGAGUUAAAAUUUGAAAAGAUAGUGAUUAAUAGUCAAAAUAUUAUCUGGGUUGUUUUUGUUUUCCUUUGCUGACACUUACACAACUGACUACAGUGGGUGGUCAAGUACAAGAAUCAACACUUGUCAAAUGUGAUUUGCCAAGUGAUCGAUUGGUAACCACUUAGUAUCCAUAAUAACUCUCGUGUGCCAUUCAGCCACCCUACUCUGUGAGGUGCCAUGACAUGCUGCAUGUAUCCAUCUGUAGUCAUCUAGUCAGGUCUUGGACACUAACAAAAAAACAAAAAGUUGAAGGGUCCCUACUCAGUUUAUAAGUAAAUGCCAAAAAAAAAGUUGAAAGGGGGCCUCAAUCAACCAGGACCAAGACUUUAUUUGAAAACACUGCACAAUUUUCUCACUCUCCAGUUGUCCUUAAAGUACUUUACAUCUCUAAACUUUACCACAGGAAUUGAGAUGGACCCUAGGGUUCCCAAGUCUACCUUGAUAACUAUCCCAGAUUCAAUGCUGAUCAGUCUUUUUAGAGCCACAAGGCUGCUUGUUUUCAAUGGUCCUCUUGUUUGAAAUUGAAGGGAAAUGGAACUCUUUGCCUACAACGCUGCCUAGGCUAGGCUACACCAUCUCAAGCAUCCCUCCACGCUUUGGCAUGGGAGUAAUAAAAUAGUAAGAGGAUGCAGCAUGGCAACAGACAGGACAUAAGAUUGAGUCCUACAUUCUGUGACUGACAUUGCUCAAACGCAUGCUGUAGAGAAACACUCACUUACUGACUGUAUCAUACACAUCAAAACAGACCCAGCAUGGAUGGAGUAUGUACAGAUACAUUAUAGUGUCCUCAUGCUAGUUCUCUUAUUGCUGUGCUGCAGAAAUAUAUAGAUUUGCCAUUGCAAUGUGGGCUGUUUAUAUAUAUUUUUUGUUGCCCCACUCUGGCUAAUAAUAAAUGCAGUGUUUUUCUUGGGAUUGUGCGUAUGGCCAUGUAGUAUAUUCUUGGGAUGUUUUUUUCAGAAAUCUAGCAAUCACAGCUUCACUGUCUGCUCUGCCUGUGUAUGAAUGUGAUAUACUUUACACACACACACACACAAGCCAAUGUCACUUCAGUCAUUGCUCUAUUUGGAAGUAUAUUUAAUUAUAUUCUUUAUCGGGAUGUUUUAGUGGGGGGUUUUGUACUGUUGACUUCAAGGUUAAACCAAUGGGGUUCUCUGGUGGUGGCAAUAUGGAGGUGGAAGCUCAGCCAAACUGCUCUAGAUCACAUACCUAUAGAUUACUGGUGUACCUUAAAAUAAAUAACUUUUUUACACGUUUUUGUAAUUCCACGGGUGGACUUGAGGAAUGAUUGUUGUUUUUUCCUUCCACGGGGGAAGAUGUUGAACUGAGUCGAUGCAUGUUUGUGCUUCUCAGUUCUGUACAGUUUGAGAUUUCAAUGCAGUUUGCUAUAACCACCUCUGUGUUUGUAUUUGAAGUAAAAUACGAAAAUAAACUCAAUGAUGUAUGCAUUCUUGUUGUGUGCCUAAUGUAUCCUGCGCUGCGAGAUAGAGAACAUGGAAGUGUUUCAGUCCUCAAUGUAACAAAUUUACAAGUAAUUCUUUUCAAAUUAAAAAAGCAAUAAAUAAA